UCUCUCGUGAAAGACAAUUGACCUCUCUGUCUCUCUGUCUCUCUCGCUUCCUUCGUUGGAUAUUGUUACCACAACUAUAGUCUCUUGAUUUCCUGUUCUCUGCUGACCGACUCACAGGCAUUAUAUUUCUCAAUUUCUAGGGUUUAUCUCUCGCACAUCACACCCCAUUUCACAUUUCUGAGUUUACGCUUCUUGUUAAUUCAUCGCUUGACAGCCUACUUUCUACAAUCAUGAUGAUGGGCGACUGGCAACAGCUCGUCCAAUCCAUUGUCCUUGGCCUCAUUUUCUCCUUCCUCGUUGCCAAGCUCAUCUCCAUAGUCCUCUCCUUUAAAGAAGAAAACCUUUCUCUCUCCCGCUCCUCCUCAAUACCCGACAUCCACGACGACCCUAAAGGUGCCGUUUUGGGCCCGUUCCACGAUACCGACUCGAUCAUCGCCGAGCAGGGUAGCAUCAGGAACGACAGCGUGCCCAAUAGCGAUGCCGAAGACGAUGAUGACGAUGACUGGGAGGGAGUGGAGAGUACGGAGCUGGACGAGACCUUCAGCGCGGCCACGGCGUUCGUGGCGGCGUCCGCGGCGGAUCGGCUAUCGGAGAAGGUCUCGAACGACGUGCAGUUGAGGCUUUACGGAUUGUACAAGAUUGCCACUGAGGGCCCUUGUAGCUCGCCACAGCCCUCUGCUUUGAAAAUCACGGCUCGGGCCAAGUGGCAAGCAUGGCAGAAAUUGGGUGCUAUGCCUCCAGAAGAAGCCAUGCAGAAGUACAUUGAUAUUGUUACAGAGCUAUAUCCUUCUUGGUUGGAUGGUUUAACUCUGAAGAGCAAACGUGGAGAAGGCAAGGCACCAAGUAUGAAUGAUAAAGGACCAAUGGGACCAGUUUUCAGCACUUUUGUUUAUGAGGAAGAAUCUGGAAAUGAGUCGAAAAUGGAUGCUAUUCAUGCCUUUGCCAGAGAAGGAGAAGCAGAUAAUUUGAUUAAGUGCAUUGAAGGCAGCAUUUCAGUAAAUCUGACAGAUAGUGAGGGCCGGACCCCAUUGCACUGGGCUGUAGAUCGCGGCCACCUUAACAUCACUGAAUUACUCGUUAGCAGGAAUGCUAAUGUAAAUGCAAAGGACGAUGAUGGCCAAACCCCACUGCAUUAUGCUGUCGUGUGUGAGAGAGAAGCCAUUGCCGAAUUUCUUGUGAAGCAAAAUGCAGACACAGAUUUAAAGGACAAUGAUGGCAACACCCCUUCUGAUCUGUGUGAGGCGAACUGGCCUUGGAUGAAAUGUGCAGGGAAGCAGAUUAACUGAAUAGGUUAUUAGUCUUUUGGUUUCUUCCUUAAAGUUAUUUUUGAUCAAAUUCCUUGUGGAUGUAUUAUAUGUAUAUGUAUAAACCCUUAUGCCUGUCAGAUGAAUUUAAAUUAGUGAUUUAAGUUCUUUCU